AUGCAGAUCACCAGUACAUCUACAGAACCAUGCCAAAGAAUAUCCUUGAACAUCGUCGGCCCACUUCCCGAAGCUGGACCAGCAAAAUUACGUUUUAUUCUCACAAUACAAGACGAUCUCUCUAAGUUUUCCUGUGCAUAUCCCAUCCGGAGUACCACUGCUGAAAAAACUAGCGAAUGCUUACUGCAUCAAUUUUUGGCAUUCCUAAGAUGA